GCCACCGCCCCCGCCCCCACCCCCACCUUCCACGCAUAAGUCAAAACUUGCCACUCCCAUUUAUCUAUCCAUCACACAUUCUUCGAACAACACAAAAGAAAAAAUAUCUUCCACUACCAGAGAAUAUUAAAAAAAAAAAAAUGGGCGUAGUUGAAGCAGCACACAACGUUAGGGUUUUGGGCUCCGGCGAGACCACCGUCGUACUCGGCCACGGCUUCGGCACCGACCAGUCGGUGUGGAAGCAGCUUCUCCCCCACCUCGUCGACCAUUACAGGGUCGUGAUUUACGAUAACAUGGGCGCGGGGACCACAAACCCCGACUACUUCGAUUUCGACCGGUACGCCACUCUCGAGGGCUACGCGUACGAUUUACUCGCCAUUUUGGAGGAAUUUAGUGUCGACAAAUGCAUCUACGUCGGCCACUCUCUCUCCUCCAUGACCGGCGUCAUCGCCUCCAUCUUCCGCCCCGAUCUCUUCCACAAGCUGAUCUUGAUCGCCGCUUCUCCGAGGUUUUUGAACACGGUGGAUUACUACGGGGGAUUCGAGCAGGAGGAGAUCGACCAGCUGUCCGGAGCAAUGGAGACGAACUACAAGUCGUGGGUGUCGGGAUUCGCGCCGCUGGUGGUGGGCGGCGACAUGGACUCGGUGGCGGUGCAGGAGUUCAGCCGGACACUGUUCAGCAUGCGGCCGGACAUAGCGCUGAGCGUGUUCCGGACGGUGUUCAAUUUCGACCUGAGGGAGUACUUGGGGCGCGUGACGGUGCCGUGCCACAUCGUGCAGAGCUCCAAGGACCUGGCGGUGCCGGUGGCCGUGGCGGAGUACCUCCACCAGAACCUCGGCGGGAAGUCGGUCGUGGAGGUCAUGUCCACCGAGGGACACCUGCCGCAGCUCAGUGCGCCGGAGGUCACUAUUCCGGUGCUUCUCCGGCAUAUACAGCAUGACAUCGUUGAUGCAUGAUGUAUAUAUGUAAACUCUAUGUAUGUAUGUAUCAAUUAUGUGUAGUGUUCAAUCGUGAAUUAAUAAUAAUAAACUUAUGUAUAUGUUAUGCAA